UUUACAUUUUUAGGUUAUCUAAACGUCAAAUUUAUAAUUACUUAAGUUGUAACAACGUUAAUAUUUGUGUGGUAGCUAUUUCAAAAGAAAUGUGUAAAAUUUUAUACUCGCAAUCGAAAAAGCCACGUGCGGAAAUGAUCGUUAAUUCUUUCAUUGAAAAACCAAUCGUACCAACUUUAAAUGGACGAAUCGUCGGUGGAGACACAGUUUCGAUAGAAAAUUUCCCAUAUCAGCUUCAAUUAAGACUUGAGGGCCGUCAUCAAUGCGGUGCUGUUAUAAUAGGAAUUCGAUGGGCUUUAACCGCCGCUCAUUGUAUUGUUGGUUUUGAUGGACGAUUUACAAUUCGAAGUGGUAGUUCUCGUAUUAAUUCGGGUGGUUCGAUUCAUCAAAUCUCUAGGAUAAGUAUUCAUACAAGUUAUAAUACGAUAACCUACGAUUUUGAUAUAGCAGCCGUUGAAAUUGCUGAACAUUUCCCGUUGGGGGCGUUUGGAGUUCAAAUUAUAAGACUUCCUGUGUUAAAUUUGCAUCCUUCGGAAGGUUCUUUGGCAGUCGUUUCCGGUUGGGGAUUAACAUCCGAAAAUGGUACAUUUUCGGAGCGACUUCAAGCGGUUGGGGUUCCAAUAAAGAGUCAAAUUCGUUGUAGAGAGAUUUAUGGAAAUCUAUUUACUGAUCGGAUGAUAUGUGCUGGGUUCCCCCAAGGUGGAAGAGACGCUUGUAAUGGAGAUAGUGGUGGUCCUUUAGUUUUUGAUAAUGUGUUAUUUGGUAUCGUAUCGUGGGGUACUGGUUGUGCGCGGCCAAAUUUACCAGGAGUUUAUGCUAACAUCGCUAAUUUAAGGAAUUGGAUUUCAACAACAACAGGAAUUUAAAGUUAUUGUAUUGUAUCGUGGAGAUUUGUUAAUAAAUGACACUAAUAGUC